GCGCAUUGCGCAGCGCGCGCUGUCGAGCGCCGUUUGGUUGGCUUGCCUCUCACCCUCCCCGCUCUCAUGCCCGAGUCCACCAGCGGUCCGAGCCCGCACACCACCGUGGUGGUGCACCCGAUCGUGCUGCUCGCUGCCGUUGACCACUACAACCGCGUCGCAAAAAACACAAAACGGCGCGUGGUCGGCAUGCUGCUCGGCGAGACGCACAAGGGGGUGACAGACGUCACGAACAGCUAUGCGGUGCCCUUUGAGGAGGACGAGCGCGACCCAAACAUCUGGUUCCUUGACCACUCCUUCCACGAGGCGAUGUUUGCGAUGCUGAAGAAGGUCAACGCGCGCGAGAAGCUCGUCGGCUGGUACUCGACUGGGCCCAAGAUCAGGCCCGGCGAUCUCAAGAUUGACCAGCUCGUCCGGCGGUACUGCCAGCACCCGGUCCUCGUCAUCGUCGACGUCAAGCCAAAGGAGCUCGGCAUCCCCACCGAGGCCUACCACGGCGUCGAGGAGAUCCUCGAGGGCAAGCAGCAGCAGUGGACCUUCCAGCACGUGCCGUGCGAGAUCGGGGCCACCGAGUCGGAAGAGGUGGGUGUGGAGCACCUGCUGCGCGACGUCAAGGACACCACAAUCUCGACGCUCGCCAACCAGGUCGCUCAGAAGCUUGGCUCGCUCAAGGGCCUCGCGGCGCGGCUGAGCGAGGUGGACGGCUACCUGCAGAACGUGCUCUCUGGCCGGCUGCCCGUCAACCACCGCAUCAUCUACCAGCUGCAGGACGUCUUCAACCUGCUGCCCAACCUGAACGUGCAGGAGCUCGUGCAGGCGUUCGCCAUCAAGACCAACGACAUGUCUCUGGCCAUCUACCUCGCGGCGGUGAUCCGCGCGGUGGUGGCGCUGCACCACCUGAUCGACAACAAGCUGACCAACAAGGAGAAGGAGUCCGCCGCCGACAAGGAGAAGGAGAAGGAGGAGAAGAAGGAGGAGAAGGACAAGGACGAAAAGCCCGCCGACGAGAAGCCCGACGAUACAAAGAAAGGAGCGAAGUGAUGUGAGCCGGGGAGGAGGAGCAGGUGUCGUCGAGGCUAGCGCUCUCUGGUCAGUUUAUUACAGUACCGGACGUGAGAGAAACAAGCUUUUCUCGCCGGGCCAUGCCGCGCCGUAAUUCUUUUGCAGCUCGUUGUAAAAUUCUUUUGAC